UGAGACCCGAAACAUGGCGAUAGAUAGUGAAGCAUUGAAAUAUAUAAUGAUGCCGUAUCCAGGCAGAGAAAGAAGCGAUUCAGAACAAUCAACAGCCUCAUCUUCACAUUCGCUUUAAAGAACUUUAGCUGGAAAGCUUCCAUUCGCUGCAACAAGCCGAUCGUUUAUACAACAUUGACCCCAAUUCUUCAAUUCUCUACAACUACGCACUCAAGUCCUUUGACACGAAUAGAAUGACAAUGGGCUCUACUGUCGCUACACCAAAUAUGAGAGUCCUUGUCUGUCCAUCUGGCUUCAAGGGUAGCCUCCAGCCCAGUGAGGCUGCAGACUGUAUUGAAGCGGGGAUCCUCGCCGUUGAACCUAAUGCCUCGGUCCGCAAGGUCCCGUUGGUCGAUGGAGGAGAAGGUUUCACCCAGGCCAUUGUCACAGUAACAAGUGGUUCAUUGCAUCGAGUCCCUGUGGUCGGACCUGUAGGAGUUCAGAUCACGUCAUUCUUUGGUCUGCUCGGUCGCAACGAGGAUGAGCCAACCACGGCCGUCCUUGAAAUGGCUGCUGCUGCUGGCCUGAGCUUAGUCCCGCCCAGUAGUCGCAAUCCAGGCAAGACAACAACAUUUGGCGUUGGCCAACUCAUCCUUGCUGCGCUUGAUGCUGGAGCCACCCGCAUUCUGGUUGGAUGCGGUGACUCUGGGACGUGCGAUGGUGGUGCGGGGAUGCUUCAAGCCCUAGGUGCAAGACUGCUUGAUGUCCAAGGGCGUGUUUUACCUUUGGCUAGAGGUGGCGAAUCACUCUUGGACCUUGGUUCCAUUGACCUUUCUGGAGUCGAUAAACGUGUCUUCAAAGCCAAAAUUGACGUUGCCGUGAAUUGGCAUAACGUGCUUUGCGGACCAGACGGAGUGGCAAAUGUCUUUGGUCCCCAGAAAGGAUCAACGCCAGAGCAGGCCGCUCGCCUCAGUUUUGCCAUGGAAAAGUUGGCAGACGUCGCUACUGGCAUUCUUUGUGACAAGAACGUACGGCUUGCUCCCGGAGGCGGUGCUUCGGGAGGCCUUGGAACAGGCUUGCGCUUGGUAGGAGCUACACUCAGGCCCAGAUACGAGGUCAUUAUGCAGUACAUCAAUCUGCACAGUAUAUUUGACGACUGCGAUCUUGUACUCACUGCGGAGGGGGGCAUUGACGAUCAAACUCCGAGGGGUAAGAUCCCUGCAGAAGUUGCCAGGCUCGCAAAGAAACAUGGACUUCCAGUGAUUGCCAUCGCUGGUACGAUUGGGCAGGGCGCUAGAGUGAACUAUGAUAUCGGGAUUGAUGCUUUUACAUGUAUUAUUCAGCGUCCAAUGAGUCUGGACGAUGCGGUUUUGGAAGCGGAGAAAUUGACGAGGGAGAGUGCCGAGACGGUCAUGAGAAUCGUUGUGGUUGGGCGGAUGCUGGGCAAAUCCCCUUGAUAAGACACAUGUUAUCUGAGUUUAUUUUUAACUUAGUUUAAUUGGAUGAAUUUAUGAGCGACGCAACUCCAUUACUCAAAC